AGUACAGAACUUAUUGUGGCCGGGUGAUAUCGCGAGACUUGUGCCAUUAUCAACCUGCUUGACACACAGCAGCGCUGAGUGCAGCCUGCCUUGCCAGGGUCGGACUGUGAAGCUCAAGAAACGACAAGGAGAAGCGAACAUCUGGCCGCACAUCAUGAAAGGACAUCGGGGCUUCUAGGAAAAAAACACGACGAACUGGGGGGAAAUAAAUGUUAUGAAGGAAGAAUGGAGUUUCCAGACCAUAGCCGCCAGUUGCUGCAGUGUCUGAGUCAGCAGCGUCACCAAGGUUUCCUCUGUGACUGCACUGUUCUUGUCGGGGAGGCUCGAUUCAAAGCGCACAGAGCAGUGCUGGCCUCCUGCAGCAUGUACUUCCAUCUCUUCUACAGGGACCAGCUAGACAAAAGGGACGUUGUGCAUCUCAACAGUGACAUUGUGACAGCCCCGGCUUUCAGUCUGCUCCUUGAAUUUAUGUAUGAGGGGAAGUUGGAAUUCAGCACUCUGCCGGUGGAGGAUGUCCUAGCAGCAGCCAGUUACCUCCACAUGUAUGAUAUAGUCAAAGUGUGUAAAGGCAAGCUUAAAGAUAAGGAACUUUCCUCCCUUGAUGAAAAGAUGGGUGAGGGUUUUGGACUCAGCUGUCUGGACAGGGAAUAUUCCUCGGAUGGCGAGCUGCACAGUAAGCAGCUCGGCCGGCGACAGCCCCAGACACAGUCUCAGGGGCUUCACAGGCCCCCCCCAGCAGAGGAGUUUGACAUGGACAACAGCGAAGUCAGGCUGGCUGUCACAAAUUGUGAUAGGUCUACACAGAGCAGGCAGAAGGCAAACGGUCACUCUGGCAGGUCCCCGGACCUUGUAGGUGUCAAUUAUGUGUCAGCAGAGGCCGAGCCCUGCGUCCAAACAGCUGGAAAAACAAAAGCUGAUGUCAGUAGUUCCACCGUAUCGCUGUCCCAGAGGUCCCGGGCUUCAGAUGACAUGGACUGUGCACUGGAUUUGUCUUUCAAGCCUCUGUCUAGCAGAGAUCCCUUACACCCCUCCUACGUCUCGGGACAGCUGGCCCUCGACAGCCAGCAGCAGGGCACUGAGCCACUUGUUAAAGACGAACACGACUUGCUGUCAGAGCAGGAGGACAGUGAGCCGAUGAGCCCUGAGAGCCAGCGCUUUGGGAAUAGUGCCAGGAGCUCAGUGGUGACAGGGUUCGCUGCCCUCUUCCCAGGCAACAACGGCUCCACAGCCGCCCUGCUCUCCCAGGAGGAGGACCUGAUGGACGAGGAGGGGGAGGCCUGCAGAGGGAGGGAGGGCGCCCCGGGAAGGGAGGUAGAGGAGAGGAGGGGUAGGCUGCUGGGGGACAGCGAGGAGGAGGAGGAGGACGACUUGGCCUCUUCAGACAUCUCCACCUCCAGCGGGGUGCUCCUGCCCCCGGGGCAACAGGUGUGUGUGUGCCCCCUUUGCAGUAAAGUCUUCCCCAGCCCCCAUGUGCUGCAACUGCACCUCAGCUCACACUUCCGUGAGAAGGACAGCGCUCGCUCCAAGUUGUCCCCCGACGGCUCGGUUCCCACCUGCAUGCAGUGCAACAAGACCUUCUCCUGCAUGUAUACCCUUAAGCGCCACGAGCGCACACACUCUGGCGAGAAGCCAUACACCUGUGGCCAGUGUGGCAAGAGCUUCCAGUACUCCCAUAACUUGAGUCGGCACGCUGUAGUUCACACACGUGAGAAGCCUCACGCUUGUAAGUGGUGCGAACGGCGUUUCACCCAGUCUGGGGACCUCUACCGCCACAUCAGGAAGUUUCACUGUGGCCUUGUCAAGACUCUUGCCAUUGGAUAAAACACCUCUCACCAGUGCCAUGACAUUAGACAGAAUGUCUUUUCAUACACUGAAUACUACUACUGAACAAUCUUCCCAUUAGUAUACACAUGUUGGCAGUCUGCUGGAGACAUAUCUUUUGGAUUCUACCCCAUGUGGUAUUUCUCAUGUUUUAAAGAUGUAGCAACUUAAAAACUGGAGCUGUUUUCUGAGCUGGACUGUGUCAUAGGUGUACAUGAUGGUCAGAGGCUGACAGUUGAAGGUGCACAGGCUGUUCAGAUUAACAUGGGUGCUGUGAAACUCAAGCUGGAUCAGUGUCUGGAAGGUGAACAAAUCAGAUGAUGCACUUGUUUGUUUCUGUCUUGUUUGUGUCAAUCUGUUUGAGUUUAUUUGAGGAGUAUAUUUGCUGAAAGAAAGGCAUCUUAUGUUCAUACCCUAUGGGGGAUAGCUAAUGCUAACAUAUGUUAAUACAAUCGUCAAGAGUGAGUGAGACUUUAUUUGUGCACAUGGGAGAUCAGAACCGUCCAUGAGUAGCAAUAUAUGAUUUUUUUUUUUUAACUCCUACAUUAUUAUUAUUAUUAUUUUAUUAUUAUUAUUAUUAUUAUUUAUUUUGGGAUUUGUUUAGUCCUUAACAAGUAAACUAUCAUAAGGCAGCAAAACUAAUGAAGUUUGACUACUGGAAGUAUGAUUAUUUUUUCAUGGAAGUAGAAUUUUUUGUUCGGUUGAAAUGAAGUUGGUUACAGUUUUAUGUUCAAUGAAAGGCAAGAAAACCAUCAUAUCACCAACGUUUUUUUUUUUGUUUUGUUUUUUUUUGCCUUGGAGAGAAUUACCAGCUCUUUGGUUGCUAAUGUGAGCAGGCGCAUAUCAAUGGAAUGACCCUCUAAUUGCUACUUUAAAAAGAAGUUGUAUAAUCAGAGGAGGGAUGGAGAGUAGUGAAAAGCUACAGCUAAUGCCUGUAACACUGGUGCCUACUGAAAUUCUUAACACUUCACCUAGUGUACUUACUUAAACAAGAUUGAGACAUAUUGCCAUGCCUUCUUGUCAUAAUCAGUGAGUUUCCAAGGCCUUUUUUUUAAAAAAAAAAAAAAUCUGGAUUAGACUGACUCCGCAUACCAGGUGGUAACAAAGGUGAUUGUCUACUCUGAAAUGCCAAUUGAUCCAUGAGUGCCCUUAAUUAAAUCAUUUACAAGAAUGUGGGGGAAAAAAAAAAUGUAAAUCACGCUCCUGUCAAUUAAAUCUUUAGACUCAUUUGGUUAAAAAAGGAAAUAGGUGCCAGUAAAUUACCUUGUUAUUUCCUGGUAUAAAGAAAAGGGUACACUGACACGGUGUUUUGGGCAAACCCUCAGGAGGCAGGGAGGGGACAGAGAGGAGACAGGUGGAUAUUCAGUGCUGUGUGCGUGUGUCUCAGCCAAGGAUGUCUGCGUCUGUUGGUUCAUCAGAGCCGUGCUCCACGUGCCAUUCUGCUCAACCUACUGACUUUCUUUCUUUCAAUUAACCUUUUCACAUUAUCGACUCUUCUUACUGUAUGCGUGUACGUUACUACUGAUGAAGUUGGAGCCUUUAGUGAUAGCUGUCCUCGGAAAAAAAAAAAAAAGAGUCUUUGGGCAGAGAGGAGCGUUUUGAAGAGCUCAGUCUGUUCAAGUAGUUGCUAAGUGGAUUCUUAACAGGGGCGUAGCACUAAAAGUUUGUGAUAUUUGUCUAAUCUGUCCUGAGAAGACUUGAUCAGAAUUUAUUUAUUAGUUUGACUUGGUUCAGGGUUUACUAUAGGUGUAGUUCUUAUUUCUAUAAGCUUGAAAGAUGUUGCGUCUUGCCUAGCGAUCUUGGUACUCAUUAACUGGUAUUGGGGCUGUCUGUUCAUUUUCUCUGUGCAAAUCGAGUUACUGUAAUUGUAUGUAGAAAAUCUCCACGGAGCAUUCAAGAUUUGUCACAUGGAACAUAGAGAAGCACUUGUUUUUAGCAUGCAUAUAGUUUCAACACUAUUGUCUAGGCUGCUAUUUCUUACUAUUUGUAUAUUUAAUGUAAAUAUAUAUUCUAUUUAUCAAGCUGUUUUGUUUUCCGUGUUACAACACACGUAAGGUCGAGAAAGAGAGAGAGAGAGAGAGAGUCAGGUGUCUUAUUAAGGCUGCGGUCCUCUUAAAGCGUCACGUCUUCCCAAGAGAGUUCUGGUUCCUUUUUCCAUAUCCAAGACUUGAUUGAAUUCCGCCUCACUACAAAUCACAACAGUUAACACCGCCCCGACUGCUGUUCUGCCACAGGAAACAGUUGUUCACAAGCACAGCCGCUCUGAUACGGCGUAGGCUACCUAUAGAAAUGAGACAAUACAGGCAUUGUCCCCCCACGCCCCAACCCCACCCCCCCCCCCCAAGUCCCAGGUAGUUCUCAAGGGAUCAUUGUGUAUCUCUCUCCUAGCUGUGGGGAGAAAACGCAACGCAAGUCUCUCUUUGCACUUUUCUGUAUUGAAUGGAGCUGUUGGAAUGUGAGAAAUGUAUUUAGCAAAGGGAGACCAAGGAGACUGUAAACAGGUGUAUUGUUUGGAGGCAUCAAAGAACAGCCCCUCCCCUCUAUCCCAGCAUGCAGUAGAUAAACGCCUCAUUGUUCUUCUACAUGGAGGAGAUACCACGGUGAUUUGAUUGCACAUCUAUCACGAGAAUAUCAUAAUUAUCACAGUAUUGUUUUUCCAAGUGCUAGAUUUAGAAAUGUUGAGACUGACAAUAACAUAUCUGGCAACUGUGGUUUUAUUAACAGUAGAAGUCAGAUGUACAGUAGGUGUUGAUUACCUGUUCAUUUCAACAUAGACACCUUAAGGUGUUUUUUUUCUUUUCAUUCAUUUUUUUUUCUUUUACAUUCAUCACCAAGACUUCUUUCAGGACACAGUAAUGAAUUCAUUUGUGAUUUCUCUGCAUUUGCAGUGGUUUGUCAGCAUUUUUUAAUGGAGGAGCCCAAGUCAAGAUUUCAUUCUAUUCCCUAAACCUGCUGUCAGCAAUGAGGCUUGAAUGAUUGGGGCUUGCGUGUAAUUCUACAAGAAAUGUGAUCCGGCUCCCUGUUUACUUGCACAAACACUCCGGUUGCAAAAAAAACAUAACCGUGGUAGUUUAAUCACUUCGGUUAGCCAACAAAACAACAGAUUUAUUUCAGAUUCAUAGUGGUCGUGUUGUGUUGAUACUGUACAUUUCAAUCAGAACACACAGGAAUGUAGAUUUUGUCACAAUUUCAGUUGGGUUUUUUUUGUUUUUUUUUAAAGGAACAUUUCUAAUGUGGCGCAAGUUACAUUGCUUGAUUCUCUAAUGUACAUGUGUACAAAGGUAGAAAAACUAACAAUAUGUAAAGAAUUUGUUUUCUUUUUAUUGUUUCAAGUCUUUAUUUAUACCUCCAGGAUGAUCACCAAAUGUGCCUUGUAGACACACUAAUAGGUGUUGCAUCUGGAGAAGCCCUUUUUCUAUAUUGUACAUUCUGCCCUCGACUGCGGUGGUAAAGUUCACAUCACAGCAACAGUGGCCCACUGAUACGAAACAAUUCACAUCUGUUGUUCCUGUUUUUUUUUUUUUUUUUAUCCUAUCAAAAUGUUAAAUCAGACAAACUAAAAGUUGGAAGUCCAUUUAUUUUUUGCUGCUUUGCGGGAGAUUACAUUGAGGUUUUGAGAUUUAUUUGACCAUUUUUGUUUUUGUGAAUAAAUCAGUUUUGGACAUGUUAAACUGAAGACAAGCAUCUUUGUGUUUUGGCUUGUAUUAGCCAAUACAAUUGGGAACUAACAGUCUGUUCCUUAGUUAAUGUCACUGUUGAAUGUGAAACACUGAGAUUUUGAUUGUUGACUUUUAUGGAAACAGUGCUACUCUUGAUUGAGGGCUAUGUUUGCCUAACUCAUGCUGUAUGAUCUUUAAGUCUAAAAAUGACUUUAUACUGAUACUGGAAUUUUGUCCUCUGCAGGUUACAACUGUGAAAUUGUGUAUAAUCAUGAGAAAUAUUUAUUAUUUGCUUCUUGUGCAACAUUUGACUGUCUCAGUUUUAAUUUGGUUAAAAAAAAAAAACAAACUUCUAAAUGUCAAACGAAAAUCUUUUUAAUAGAAUUUGUAGAAGUGCCAUUAGAAUUUAAUAUAAUUUUUUAAUAAGAAAGGUAUAUUUUAUAGUAAUCAAUUGCUUCAGUGUUAGUGGUGUAGAGAUUAGUGGACAAUCUUUAUGCAGAAUUGACAUUGCUUAGAUAUUGAGGCAAUUUACUUUGAUCUAUAACUGUAUGUGCAUUUCAUUUGUUUGCGCUUUUGGAGUGUGCUUGUGUGUGUGUGCUGUGGAAAUGUGACAAUCUUGAUUUAGGUCUUUAUUAAGAUUAUGCAUAGAAUUAAAUGGAACAACUUUC